AAUUACACGGCGUGAUUACGUCAUAGGCAGCGUCCGUUUACUUCCUGGUCACUGUGUACUUUGUCAACAAAGCACCGUGUUGACUGUUGACUGGACGAACUCUUUUCUGUUCGACCUCGCUGCUCUUGCGUUCACAAUGUCGAUGUCGACAAUGAUGGCGGUCCUCCUAGUUCCGCUCUGUUGGCUGUUCUUGGUUCUGGAGGCAGGCGACGUCAGCGGCAGCAUAGCAGAACCCAAACCCGCCGUGAAUCACUCCAGCGGGCAAAACCAAAGUAGUGGUGGCGUGAAGAACCACGCAGGUCUGUUAAAUGGGCUCAACGUGGACAGUUUGAUGAUCCAGCGGGCCUUGUACGUCCUCAUAGGUAUCACCGGCUUCGGAGUGCUCUACUUCCUCAUCCGGGCUGUGCGGCUGAAGAAGCCCACCCACAGGAAGAAGUACGGCCUGCUGGCUCACUCAGAGGACUCAUUGGAGAUGGAGGCGGUGGAGAGCGAUGAGGACAACACGUUGUAUGAAGCUCGCAGCCUCCGCAGAUGAGUGCCAUGAUAGCUGUGACAACGACGAUCUCCGAAGGGCAAACAAGGACCAAACACCAAAGAAGACGUAUUUUUCUAACGUGUGUUGAUGACGUUAUGAUGUUUUGUUUUUUUUCUCGCCAUGAAGCUGAACGAGGAAGCGAGCAAGCUCACUCACUUGUGAUUGGUCCAAAAGAGUCGUGUGGUUGUGCCACAUGUUGCUAGCAGCUUGUAUGCUACAUCCUGGCUAAUGUUGUGUAGAACAUUCCAGUCAUUUGUUCUCACUAAAACUAUCAAAUGAUUAUUUUUUUCGACUGGGAUGGGAAGCGGUAGGGACCCCCAGGUGUGAUACUGAUGCUGACCAGCAGGUGUCAUCAUGACCAAAAUGUUUGAAUUUAAAUUAUUUCCUAAUUAUUGCUUUUGUAAAUGAAUACAAUAAAGUUUAUAAAAAUUGU